GCAGCAUCUGCAUCUGACAUGGCUGACACAAAGUGAUGCUGCCUCUGUUCUCUGGGAAUACAAAGGCCACAUACAGAGGACCACUGAAAGGAAGUAGCUGAUUAGAUAUAGUGGAGCUCCUGUACUGAAUAAACAUGAGUAGUGAACUUAACAUUCCAGUGGAUCCUUCCACCCCUGCUGUCUCAGAAAGAGGAAACAAAGGCAUGGACUACAGAGACUGGGUCAGACGUAGCUACCUUGAACUGGUCACAUCCAACCACCAUUCUGUUCAGGCUCUUUCCUGGAGGAAGUUGUACCUCAGCAGAGCCAAGUUAAAGGCCUCCAGUCGCACAUCUGCAUUGCUGUCUGGAUUUGCUAUGGUUGCAAUGGUAGAAGUCCAGCUUGAGAUGAAAUAUGGAUACCCCCAGUUGCUGCUGAUAGCAUUUAGUGCUUGCACUACAGUGCUUGUCGCAGUCCACCUCUUUGCUCUCCUGAUCAGCACAUGCAUUCUGCCCAAUGUCGAGGCAGUGAGUAACAUCCAUAAUCUAAACUCUGUCAAUGAAUCUCCACAUGAUCGCAUGCAUCCUUACAUCGAGUUGGCCUGGGGAUUUUCGACAGCUCUUGGGAUCCUUCUUUUUCUUGCAGAAGUCGUUCUGCUGUGCUGGAUAAAAUUUCUACCCAUAGACUCUGCAUUGACACGGAAUGAAACCGCAACAACUCAAAAGCCACGUGGAAAUGCAGGGUGGAACUCCGCGCUGGUCUCAACCAUUAUUAUGGUGCCCGUUGGUAUCAUCUUUGUCAUUUUUACUAUUCAUUUUUACCGUACUCUAGUGAGGCAUAAAACCGAGCGUCAUCACCAAGAAAUAGAAGAACUCCAUAAAUUGAAAGUGCAACUUGAUGGACAUGAUCGGGGCAUAAAUGUAGUAUGAGUAUGUCAGAGGAGGUUUUCUGUCUGUGGAUUUAUUUACAAUCACAAAUGCACAACUGUCAGAGACAUAGAACUUGCUGAGGUGUAAGACCUCCGGUCAGACAUGUUGCACAUUGCAGCUUGUUCUUACUCACCAAGAAAGAGCAAAGGGAAAGAAUCAAAAACAAAUGACCUAAUAUAUUACAGUGUCUGUGCCUCGGCCAUUUGUUUAUUUUAGUUGGCCAUUUAUCUAGCUCGCCCUUGGCUUUGUUUUUAUGAGGUUUUUUUGACAAGUAACAGAAAUGGUAAAACAUUUAUAAGGAAAAGAGCAACAUUUUUCCCAGAUACAGUAACAAGGAUCCGAGGGGAGUUUUCAAUUCCUUACAGACUGGUACAGUUUUAACUCCCACUGUAAAUAUAUUUGCAGGGACAGCUGAACAAACAAUUAUGGUUUACACAGGUCUGUAGAAUAAAAUAGGUUUUGGUAAAGAAGGGAGUAUUUAUGACCAGCAUAAGAUGAAUUUGAUCAUUUUGAAAUUGAAUUUGUUGCAAAUAAUAUUUAGAACAUCUGUGAGCAAGAUUUAGUCACUAAGAAAUAAUACUGCCAGCAUGCCCUGUUCACUUGCCAGGAAUCACCUGGAGUGUUUGAAGUUUUCCUAUUUAACAUUAAUAUGAAUGUGGUGCCUUUGUAUAUAAUAUCUAAUCUUUUUACUUUACAUUAAUAUUUAUAUUGUAUGUUACAUAUAUAUAUAUAUAUAUAUAUAUAUAUAUAUAUAUAAUACUGAAUCCCAAACCCAAAGCCUUUCAUGGAAUAUUCAGUUAAAUCUGAAAUCGAAUCCAAACCCUAAUUUGCAUAAGCAAUUUAAGGCAAGAAAGGGGUAAAGAGAGCCACAUGCAUAGUGCACGAUAAAACAUUUUCACCGAAACACAUUUUCAGAUUUGUAUCGGCUAGGCAUUUGGAUUCAUGGAUUUGGUGCAUCCCUGUUAUUUACAUGGGUCUUAAACCUUUUGUUGUCCCAGAAAAGGGAAUUAAUGACCAAAAUUGUUUUUCUCAAAAUGCAUCUUUGUGCCAAAGAAAAACCUAAGGGGAGAUUUAUUGAAGUUAGAAUUGGGAUUCCUGCAAUGUCCUGGAAUAUUGCCAAUAGUUUGAAUUUUAUCACAGUUUUUCAGAUUUUUCCUAAAAUCGUGAAUGCAUUACACUCUUUCCCUUGUUUGCUAUACUUUAUACAUGAGCAGUGGCCAGCUCGAUGGUAUACCUCCCACCCUUCCCAGGUAUAGUCAGGUGAUCCCAGUGGUGGUCAAUAAAAGGGCAACCAUGUUUGCGAGUUUUACUUUGAAAGCAGCAAGUAAGUUGCAGGUAAAACGUAGUCCCAUUGUAAAAUGUAUAAUGAAUAGAAUAUAAUUCUUAAAGGGAUACUGUCAUGAGAAAACAUGUUUUUUUCAAAACACAUCAGUUAAAAGUGCUGCUCCAGCAGAAUUCUGCACUGAAAUCCAAUUCUCAAAAGAGUAAACAGAUUUUUUUAUAUUUAAUUUUGAAAUCUGACAUGGGGCUAGACAUAUUGUCAGUUUCCCAGCUGCCCCCAGUCAUGUGACUUGUCCCUGCACUUUAGGAUGGAACUACUUUCUGGCAGGCUGUUAUUUCUCCUACUUAAUGUAACUGAAUGUGUCUCAGUGGGACUUGGCUUUUACUAUUGAGAAUUGUUCUUAGAUCUACCAGGGAGCUGUUAUCUUGUGUUAGGGAGCUGCUAUCUAGUUACCUUCCCAUUGCUCUUUUGUUAGGCUGCUGGGGGUGAAAGGGAGGGGGUGAUUUCACUCCAACUUGCAGUACAGCAGAAAAGAGUGACUGAAGUUCAUCAGAGCCAAAGUCACAUUGGGACCGAAACGUUGGAUAUGCAUUUGUGAAUAAAACACAACACGAUUUUCACGAAAAACCAUAAAGUGCGGGUCCACUUAAAAUUAUUCCAAACCAAGAAAGCACUCAUGGCAACUGGAUACCAAUGUCCUUUAGUAGCUUUUUAUUCUGGCGACGAUUCCCUGCAAAUCAAAAUGCUUUGAUAUACUAUGUAAGAAUAAAAAGCUACUAAAGGACAUUGGUAUCCAGUUGCCUUGAGUGCUUGCUUGGUUUGGAAUGUGUAUUAUUGGAUAGCACCCGGCCGAUGCAAUGUGAAUGAUGAGUGCCAGAAUCCGUGCCUGCCUGUAUGGUGAGAACACCAGUGUGGGGGAAACGUCUUUGACUCUGUUCCUGAAACCUUUAAGUUGGAAAGAGUUGCCUAAAUAAACCUGUGUUUUUGACUGAA